GAGCCCACAAGAGCAACUGUUAGAGCCGAGAUAGAGAGACAAACAAAUAGAUCUCACUGACAGAAAAAUCACAUUAAAAAGUAAAACGUCAACUCAAAACAACAUCCACCCAAAAAGGUAAAAAGCCUGAAUUGGAGAAGUAAUUUAUUACAAAAAGUCGAAAUUAAUCAACAGAUUAAUUUUGAUGAAUCUUAGGGAAUGAGUAUAAAGGAGACGUUUGAUUUUUUCCGAAAAAACAACUGGAUCUUUACUCACCUCUAAGAGAAACACGGACAACGACAGGACCACGGGAGAGCAAGAGUCACGGACUAAAGGCAGAAAAGCUGCAUCUUCCUCGGCAUCAGAAGAAGUGUGCAGCGCUCCCUGAACGGGGCUAAGUGAUUCCUUCCACCUGCGAGGCACCGCUCUGCUAACGUGCGCCCAGCCUCCACGCACUCAACACCAGCCACCAGCGCAGUCUCAGCCCUGCAGCUUCAGCACCAGCAGAGGAUGGCUGCAGCCAAGACUGAGAUGAUUCUCCCAGCCCUGCAGAACUCCGAGCCCCUGAGGUUCUCUCACUCCCCCAUGGAUAGCUACCCCAAGCUGGAGGAGGUGAUGAUGCUCAGCUCUGCAGGGACCCCCUUCCUCUCUGCGUCUGCACCAGAAGGUGCCGGUUUUGGCUCCGGGGAGCCAGGAGACCAGUAUGACCACCUCGCUGGAGAUACGUUACCUGAUAUCCCCUUCAACUGUGAGAAGCCAGUGGUGGAGCAGACCUACCCAACCCAAAGGCUGCCCCCGAUCUCCUAUACAGGCAGCUUCACCCUUGAGCCCGCCACCACCUGCAGCAACAGCCUCUGGGCGGAGCCGAUCUUGGGCCUGUUCUCUGGGCUGAUAAGCAAUGUUGCUCCCAGCUCUAGCUCUUCCUCCGCAGCCUCACAGACCAUCUCAUCCUCCUCCUCUUCAGUCCCAUCUUCCUCUUCUUCCUCGUCUUCUUCUACCUCCUCGUCCUCAUCUCAGAGCUCCAGCCUCAGUUCUUCGAUUCACCACAGCGAACCCAACCCAAUCUACUCAGCUGCCCCAACCUAUUCCAGCUCCAACUCUGAUAUCUUCCCAGACCAGGGCCAGGCUUUUCCCACCUCAGCUGGAACAGUGCAGUACCCACCCCCUGCUUAUCCCAAUAGCAAGACCUGCAGCACAAGCUUCCCUGUGCCCAUGAUUCCUGACUACCUCUUCCCUCAGCAGCAGGGAGAGAUCAGCCUGGUCCCUCCUGACCAAAAGCCCUUCCAGAAUCAGUCAAGCCAACCCUCCCUGACUCCUCUUUCUACCAUCAAGGCUUUUGCCACCCAGACUGGUUCCCAGGACUUAAAAAGUGUCUACCAGUCCCAGUUAAUCAAGCCCAGCCGCAUGCGCAAGUACCCCACCCGGCCAAGUAAGACGCCACCCCACGAAAGGCCGUACGCUUGCCCCGUGGAGACCUGCGAUCGGCGCUUUUCACGGUCUGAUGAGCUGACGCGUCACAUCCGCAUCCACACAGGUCAGAAACCCUUCCAGUGCCGCAUCUGCAUGCGUAACUUCAGCCGCAGCGACCACUUGACAACACACAUCCGUACUCACACCGGCGAGAAGCCUUUUGCCUGUGAGAUUUGCGGACGCAAAUUUGCCCGCAGCGACGAGAGGAAAAGACACACAAAGAUCCACCUACGGCAGAAGGACAAGAAAGCAGAGAAGGUGGGAGCAGUGGUCGCAACAGCAGCCCCGGUCUCAGCAGCCUCACCUCCCUCCAGCUACCCCUCUUCCAUCACUUCCUAUCCUUCUCCAGUGUCUUCUUACCCCUCUCCAGUCACCUCCUGCUACUCCUCUCCCGUCCACACUUCCUACCCAUCUCCAUCCGUCGCCACCACCUACCCAUCGGUGUCCAUGUCCAGCACCUUUCAAUCCCAGGUGGCCUCCUCCUUCCCCUCGUCAGUGGCAUCCAACAUCUACAGCUCCCCCGUCCCCACCCCGCUCCCAGACAUGCAGACCACCCUUUCCCCAAGGACAAUCGAGAUCUGCUAAGAACGAGCAAAGACAAGAACUUCUUUUAGUCUCUCCGUACCUCUCUUUCCUUAAGGUUUUUUGAGGGGAAAGAAAUCAGCAUCAAAAGGACUUUGUUUUUCCCCCUCCAAAAAGCACUUUUCUGCUCCCUGUGCAGUGUUAGGUGAAUCUUGAGAUUUACCUGAAAGAGAGAAAGACACAUGUCAAGGACUGGGCAAAGACAAUAGAAAAUGAAAAGGGAUUUUUUUUCUGUCUCUAAAACAAAUGCAGCACUUCAAGUGCGUAUGGGACUCUGGAGACAGAGAAACUGGCAAGUCUCUGUUAUAGGUACACAAUAACCACGAGACAAACAGAUCGCCUGCAGUUGCAGUACAGAGGCAUGUUCGUCCUUGCAGGCGGUCACACAGUACUAAAGACAAUGAAUGAUAUACAUAAGCUAUCAUAUAUGUAUAUUGUACAUGUGCCAUGUUUUGUUUUUAUCAUUCUUUGGUACCACUGAUGUGAACAGUUGUUUGCAUAUUUGCAUUGUAUUAUUUGAAGUGAGCAGGGCCAUAUUUUCUACAUACUUUCUCUAUUAUGUAGUGAUGAUGCUGUGAUACGUUUCGACAUUGUUUGAAGAAAAAAAAUAACGCACUUAAGUAUUCAAGCAUGAGUAAGAGUGAUGUUCGUUUCUGUUUGUAAAUAUCAUCCACUGGUACUAUCUCUUUCUCUCUUUCUCACAUGUGACAUAUCGCUCAGUUAUAUGGAAAAACAGAGAAAAGGAAAAAAAAACAUUUUCUUUUUUUUUUUAGAAAAAAACUCAAACAAGACAAACGCUCCUGUUAUUUGGUGCCUUUUGUGAAGCCUUGUUGAUUGUGUGACAUGGCUGAGCGCGAGAGACGAUGCACAGCAUCUCGCCUUAAGGGUUGAGGGACUAUUUUUGUUACAGAAUGUACACAGAGGGAGUGAAGGGACGAGCUCCGAGGGCACCGCUUCAUUUUAUCAGAAUGUAAGCAAAAAAGGAUAAAAAUUAUAAAGUCUAUUUUUGUAAAACUGAAAUGUAAAUAUCGACAUCUUCAAGAGCUGGAAUGUUGAAGUUACCUACUGAGUAGGCAUGGGAUUCUUUUGUAUGUUAUAUACAUGCAGUUCAUUAUUUUGUGGUUUAUCUUUAUUUUGUAAUUGUGUUUGUUAAAACAAGUGACUGUUUCUGGCUUCUAAACACAUUGAAUGCGCUUAACUGCCAACGGGAUAUUUGGUGUACAAGAUAUCCUUCCAGAAAUGAAAUAUAAAUAAAAAUCUGAAUAUAUAUGUA